AUGAUCUACCGCUCGGCCCUGCACGUGCCCGUACGUCGUGCAUCGUCUUUGUCAUUAAUCCGUCGGUCGUGGAACUCGUACGCACGUUUACUCGAGACGCGUCCACUUCGUACCAAGAUCGUAACCGGUGGCGUAAUCAUGGGGAUGGGCGACGUGCUCUGUCAAUUCCUGGUCAACCAUUUAGACGGACACAAGCGCGGCUUUGACGCCAAACGCGCUGCGAUCUUUACGGUCCUGGGCGGAGGCGUGAUCUCGCCUAUGUUGCACGUGUGGUACAAACUUCUGGGCGCGCUGCUGCCUGGAGUUGCCCCAUUGACUAUUGCCAAGCGGUUGGCACUCGACCAAUUGGUCUUCGCCCCGACGUUUCUGCCCGUGUUCCUGUCAUUAGUGAUGGCACUUGAAGGACAUGUGGAGCAAAUUCCAGCCAAACUACGCGCUGACUGGUGGCCCGUGACGAAAGCCAAUUGGGUGGUCUGGGUCCCGGCACAGUUUAUCAACUUUCGCUUUGUACCCGGCUCAAUGCAAGUUCUUUUUUCCAAUGUCUUGGGACUGUUGUGGAACGCGUACUUGUCUUAUGUCAGUCACUCGGGGGUGCCUAAGAAGGAGACGAUUGGGGACGAGGAGGUGACGCACGUGGAGGACGUGCAGUCCUAG